CCGUCAUCAUAUGUAAGCUGGAGUAAACAAAGUUAGUACUUCACAAUCAUCAAACAAAAAAAAGAUGAAUCUCUUUUUCUAACGACAAGACUCUUUCCGUAGCACAAAUGUUAGGCGACUUAUUUGAUCUUUCUACGAAAACAGAGGAGAAAAGCAUCAUAUAAAUCCCACCUAAACUACUAGAAACGAAAACUAUCGCACGACUUGUCGAUACUUUGCUCGGAGGCAACAGUGACCAUGUACAAGUGAAUUCGAAUAAGUAAAAAUUAGCAGUACGCUCUGAAACACUGUGGUGAAUUAACUAUCGGCUCGAACGUUUGGUAGCAUUCGUGUGCAGCCUAGAGGAUUCACGGAAUUCUUCACGCUUUGUCGGUCGGUAGCAUGCGUGCGGUGAGCCUAUGCUACUUCGACUUCAACGCAGACUUCGAGGCUCGCUACACAUGUCUUUGAACGUGACGGCCACUUCAACCCCCAGCUGUGGGCUCGUUCCUCCGGUGGGGGCAUUCGAGGCGAACUGAACCAGCGAGAGGCUAACUUGUGCGCUGCCAGUCUGCUUGGGGGGAGGAACGGAGGAACUUUACUUUCGACGUUCCGUGCUAGCUUUUUAUUGGAGAAAAACAGCAGUGUACGAAGCUUGAUUCUAAGUGAGUUUUAACUCGAUUUUAGCAAAAGUUGGGCGGUAAAAAGUGAUAAUCCGCUCUCAUCAUUGGUCUAUCGUGUUGAAUCGCAGCAGUAAACGAAAAGUAUUGCUCAUCCAAUAAUCGAUUUCGAAAAUAAUAACUACUGUAAAGGAAGAGUGAUAAAAUUUUAUGGUUUGAUCGGUUUCGCUGUAUGUUUUUUUGUGUGGAAAUUUAGCGCCACCGGAGAAAAAAUGCGCCAUAAAAAUCGACAGAAGAAAAUUAAAGUGCAGUAAAAAGCGAAAAACCUUAUCAACACGAAAGUGAAAAAAGAAGAUAUAAAAUUCGAGUCAAACUUAGGAAAAAGUGCAGUUGUAUGGAGUGAUGUGAUCUUCUGUUGUCGCUAUUGUUGUAGAAGCGAGGAAGCUCCUGAUUUCAUCUAGUAACAACUGUGGACGGCAAAACGCUGCACCCGAACAGGGCGGUCUUACAACUUUCGGAUUCACAAGCAUGCAUUCAUCCAACACGGGGCACAACAGCACGAGAUAGAGACAACCGACCACGACGACGUGAACUUUUGCGUGAACUCAUUGCAAAUGGUGAGAUGCCGAAACUCAAUUAAAUUGGUGGAUUGGAGCUUUACUACCCACACCCAAUUCCGACUAUCUGAAGAAAACCAUCCGAGACCCAACAGAAGCUACCGCAACUGAGGUGAAAUCGUGACAGCGUGGUCUGUCCUUCUGACAGGCUUAGAGUAGCAUUCUGCGGCGGACCCACCAAUCAACCGACCAAAAACCAAUCGAACGCUUAGCAGCACCCAAUAGUAUCUGUAGUGUAUACAGCAUAUAGAAAUCCACCCAAAGACAAACAGAGGCAGCAAUCGAGUUCAAGGCUUACCUGGCCGCACUUUGGCAGUGUGAGGUACCUCUACCUGACGAGCAUACAGGUCGACAACAGUUAGUGGUGCGUGAAUGCAGUGCCAGCCAGUGCAAGGGCUGCUGAAGAAUCACUAAAACAGCAACAACUAGAAGCAAGUGCCCGUGUUGAUUGAUAUGCAUCGCCAUUACUAGUGCUACGCGUAAUUAAAUCUAGAUCUGCUGAUUUAUUUUUUCGCGAAACGCCCCGCAGUGUUUGUGUGUGUGACCAUGUGUUGUGUAUCUUAAGCAAACAGCAUGGUAGCUCAAGUUACGUAAAAAUCAGCGAGAAGAAACAAGUUGCAAACGGCUAAUUUCCGUUAGAUAAUUUUCCGUUCCAAAAGUGGUCGAGGAAACUGGGCAGAAUGUGAGAGUUUGUAGUCAUGGUCGAAUCGUACUGCACCCUUGCUUGCAACAUUUUAUACCAGUGAGGCACCGUGUCGAAUCAGUGUGUGUGUAAUUUUAUUAGUGCAUGUAGGCAAGAACCAUGCAAAUUCGCUGGCAGAUAACUAGUUAGCUAGCAUCACAGCAAUCCAAUCGGGAGGUAAUUUCCGUUUCGAAAUCGGAAACUUGUGAAAAGUUGAAACAUAACAUGGCUUCCAGUGACGAAGUAACGUCGAAUGGAACAACCAACCGGGAGCAACCGGACGUCAGUGAAGGUGGUAAGGAUGAGGUGGAUUUUGCCCUCAAAGUCGCAGUUUCACCGGUGGAUACGGCUGCAGCAUGUGUGGCCUGUAGCAAGAACCAAAAAACAAGUGGCGCAUUGAUGAAUAACAAUUGCUCACAUGGGAAAACACUGGAUAAGUUUAACAUUUUCCACCUCAGAAGGCGACCGAAAAGUGAUCCCGGAACGGGGACCAUUGCCAAACAUGCCCAACAGCAUGCGGUCGCCGUCGCGGCUGCAGCUGCCGCUGACAGCACCAAAAAGCGAAGACACAGUUUCGUGAAGAGUGCAUCGAUCGCACGGAUCUUCGGAAAUAACUACAAUACCAAAAAGGGCGAACAGGACAGUGGAGCUCUGCUGAAACUGCAGCAGUUCAAGCGGAGUUUCCUUAGCAGUGAACGAUUCCACCAGAAAAAGGAUUCGAUGGUUACGGCAGCGGAAAGUGAUUCGAACGAUCUGCAGUCGAAAAUCGGCGACGGUUGUUAUGUGAACGAUAGUGAGAGUGGGCCCAAGGCUAUCCGAUCGAUUACCAGAGGCUUGGGGCGGCUGCUGAGGAGGAACUCGCACAGCAUCGACAUUAGCCGGCCGGACCCUGAGUUCAAGGUGUCCUACCUGGGGAACGUGCUAACCGGAUGGGCGAAAGGCGAAGGCUGCGUGGAGAAACCGUUGGCCACGCUGUGGCGAAACUACACCCAAAACAGUAAACCGGACGUAAUGAUGAAGCUGUGUCUGUGUCCUUCGGGGCUGAAAGCUACCACCAGGCAGCACGGUCUCACCGAGUACUGGUCCCACCGGAUAACUUACUGCUGUGCGCCAAAGAACUACCCACGAGUCUUCUGCUGGAUCUAUCGGCACGAGGGUCGAAAGCUGAAGCACGAGUUCCGCUGUCAUGCGGUCAUCUGUUCCAAAGAGUCGGUCGCGCAGGAGAUUAGCACCGUGCUGAAGGAAAACCUAACCAAAGCCCUGCAGGAGUUCAAACGGGACAAACUGAAUAGGCAGAAUGCACGGCUCAGUUUGGCCAACAGUGUGUACGACAAUCCGAGUAUGCCUCGGCGCAAGAUCAUGCUGAGUGUCGGUGCCAACAACUAUCGGCCCCCACUGGAGCGGUCCAAAUCGGCUCCGAAAUUAAUGGCAAUCGAGGAAAUGAUCGGUGAAGAAGAUGAGGACGACGUGCCACUUGGGGGUACUUCGAACAAAGCUUCCAAAGGUCCUGGAGCUGUGGGUGAAGAGUUCAGAGCGUGCUGUAAAGAGGAUGCACUGUUUCCAUCUACGACUCUGGGUAGGCGAAGGUGCCGUCGGGGACACUCGAUCCGGAGGAGCCGAUUGAGAAAUUCGUUCAAGUCGCCCAAAGCCGUCGAAGCCAAAGUACCGUUGAAUAAUGAAAAUAUAGUACAGGAUAGCCCAAUGAACAAGUCGAUGGAUUCGAUAUUGGAUACAAUUAAACAGGAGGAAGACGAGGAACAAGUGACUGAAGCUGGGGAAGCAACUACGGAUAGUCAAGGUACAAGAAGUAAGAUACGUGAUUCGAACUCUUCAGAGGAAGAUUUCGAGACACUGCUACGUAACUACAAUUAUAAUUCCAAAGAACCUUUGUCGUCGGAGCUUAUAUCUUAUUUUGAUAUGAAACUAAGCCCAAAGGUAGCCUCCAGCAUGCAUGACCUGAGCUGUCUUCAGCUGAAAGAAGAAGCUGAUACGGGAAGAAGAUUAGAUGAUGCUAGACUAGCCCUAAGUUUGGACGACCUUGACACUUACCACCAGGAGGAUCCUGAACAUGAAGAAUCGGAAGACGAUGUGUUCUUCAAUCAAAACGAAGUACUCGAAAUGCUUCGUAGUGCAGCCGAAUCGGCAAAUAGUUUUAUCGCCGGCGAGAAAGCUGAUUUGAUGAGUUUGCUCCAGGAAACCCCCAGUGGCGGUGACGACACUGCUCCUCCAUCGUUACUCUGCGUAACAAACAAGAUCACCGGUAACUCGGACAGUGAUGAAGGUUCCAUUUCUAGUGGCUGUGAAACUUCCAGUACCGUGACUACCAACACCGACGAGUCCGCAGCGACCAUCCUCAUAAAACCUUGUUCCGUUCUCGAAAGGGUUCGAAGCUUCGAGCAACUCGCCGAGCAUCAAGUGAUCCACGAGCCGAUUGGCGAGAAAACUCCUCUAAGCAGACAUCGCCUCGAUAAUAACGUAUUUAAACGUAGCAUUACCUUCCCAGCUCCUGGUGUGAAAACGAGUUUUCUUCUCCCCGUCACCUCCAUGAUUGUCCAUGAAGAGGAACCUUUGGACUCGUACACCGAGGCAGUCGGUAGGACAAAACCGUCCUCAACUUGCAAUGGAAGUAUCCCACCACGCCGACUAAAAUCGACGGUUGCUGCCGUUAAUACAGAACUGAUCAAUCACCUACAGGCGAUCGAUUCCGAUUCGGACCUCAGUGAUGAAUCCGGUUACGUGGAAUUCCAAGACCAUCAACCACCGACCAAGUCAGUAAAAGCCUAGGUCUGAAUAUCCUGUACUGAGCCCAUAAGCAAAGAUCUAGUGAUUUAGCUUUAUUUCUGUGUUGUUUGAUGUAAAUGAGUAGAGGUAGAAAUCAUAACAAAAAUUAAACGUUUAUUCUGCAAAUUAUUUUUAGUAGGUCCGCCUUACACGGUAGGGUACAGGGUUCUACCACAGGUUAAUACGGAAAUCAUGUGUCUUUACUAAAACUACUGUUAUUUGUAUAAACUGUUUCCCUUCCAGAGCACAGAGACAGGAAAGAAAACCUUAUACCAAAUAAUUUAUUGUACUAACAAUAUUGGUUAGUGUUUACGGAAUACUUUCCUUAGAAAGAAGACCAGUAGUUAAUUGUUAAUGGGGCUUAUUAGUACAUGUUGUAGGAGCCAAGUGAUUAGCCUUCACAUCUCACAAACGGGGUCAAACAAAGAUAGGGAGAUUCAAGUUUCUUGAGUAAUCGUAGGACAUAGUUAAUAUAGUGGAAAAGAUACAUCCUUCACUGAAACAAAACAUUCGCAAUUUGUACAAGUUGUUUUAUGUACGUACAUAGAAGCUAAUCCAGGCGCUAGUACCAAAACGAUCCUCAUGCAGCAUGAUUGUUUAUGUUUUGGAAAUAUCUACCUUUUGGGACCGUCGGAGAAAACCGAAUUAUGAAUCUUUAUAACAUGUAUUGAACGGAAGGACUUAAAUUUGCAGAACUGUGAAAUUAUACUAAAUGAAAAGAUUACAAAUUACACAAAUAUGGAUGACUAUAUUUAUUAAUAGUUGAUAUUAUUAAAUGUCUAAAUCAAGGAAAACUGGAAAAUAAACUAUAGGAAAAAGCAA